UUGAUGUAUACAACACAACAGCAGGAACCCGAGAACACGGAUUAUAAUGAUGAUAAACAAUUUCCAAACGUAUAUGAAAUUCACACAAUCGUAGACAAAUUUAUAAUUAAAAAAUCGUCCUGAGUGGUUGUUUAACAUUCAAUAUUACUAUGAAACUCGCUAAAUGAUGGUAAACAAAUGCAGUGUUACCGGCUGUAAAAGUCUAUAUGUAAAGGAGAACGUUCGACUACACAGAUUUCCAUUAGGAAAUGCAGAAACAUUACCAUUGUGGAUUGCAGCCACUAAAAGGGAUCCAGAAUGGAAACCUUGUAAGAGUAGCAGAUUGUGUGGAAACCAUUUUAAAGCAUCUGAAUAUGUAGUUGGACACAGUAAAGGCGUUUUGAAGCCCUCGGCUGUACCAACGAUAGAUUAUUGCGUUGAAAUACCGAGAUACAAUAAAAAGAAGUAUGGGAAUUUCAGAGUGUACGACAAAAUGAAACAUGUGAAUAAAUUAAUCAAAACUGAACCAACGAGUCAAGGAAAUCAAACUCCUAUCGAAAGAGUCAAUAUCGACUACAAUAAUAUAUUUAAUAGGAAGAUCACCGAAAACAAUCGUAAUAGUGAUAAAAAUAAAUAUGCUCAAGACGAGGUAUCAUCGAUAAAAGAAAGUGACACGCUGACUUUGUCUGAUUAUGACGAUGAUGAUGAUGAUAAUAGUGAUAAUGAUAAUAGUGGGAGUGAAAUCUUAAAAAACAAUCUUGGUAAUUCGAAUACUGAAGUAAAAACAGACGACCCUUAUGAUGAACAAUGUUAUUACAAAGAAGGCAUGGAGACAUUAACAUUAGCGGCCGAAGUCAAACGGUUAGAAGAUCAAACUAGCACGACUGUUUAUCAAUCAGUAGCAGACAAAAGUUUUAACAAAGUCAUGUCUCAGAGGAUGAAAAGGAAUAAAAGAAGAACAAAAGAUAUAUAUAAAAUGUAUUUUAGACAAUUGGAAAAGAAAAACGCGCGUGAAAUAGCUAAACAAGUAUUUUAUGAUGAUGUAACAAAGUUCACUAGGCACAUUGAGGAACAGUUGAAAGUGCUUCACCCACACGAAAGACUUUAUUUUAGCACAAAACGUGCAAUCGACAAGAUUUUAGCAAAGGCACAAGUGAAAAUGAGUCAGAAAAAAAUGCAAGAGUGUUAAUUAUAGUAUUAUUGUAUGCACUUGUAUAGAGCCAGUGUAACUAUUUUUCGUACUUAAAUAUGUGUGUACUUACUAAUUGUCAUUUUAAUAAACUUAUCAUUUUUACUAUACUAUCAAGUUCUUUAAUAAAAUGUCUUUAGUGACAAACUUCAGUUACAAC